AUGGCCCACAAGACAUGUGUGGAGUACAAGUUUAAUGUCAAGGCUCAGUGCAAGGACCGACUGUUCCCUUUCAUCCACGUGUUUGAAAAGGAAUACGGAGCAAGCGGUGAGCCAAGGUGCGCCUAUAUUCUAUGUUUCUUAAUCGCUGUCGUAAUGGUCUGCGUCGGCUCCCUGGACAUAAUCUCUCCCAUUAUCUCCAACUUUUACCUCAUGGGGUACGCUAAUGUCAACUUUUCCUGCUUCUAAGGAACCAUUGCGAAAACCCCUAGCUUCCGGCCCGGCUUCAAGUACUACAACAAGUGGCAUUGUCUGCUGGGGUCGGGGCACUGCGUUGCUGCCAUGUUCCUCAUCAACUGGUGGGCGGCGCUUGUCACAUUCGUCAACGUAGCCGGCCUUUACUUCUUCGUAAAUAGAUCGAAACCAGAUGUAAACUGGGGUUCCUCCACCCAAGCACAUGCUUAUCACAGAUCAUUGACGACGACGUUAAAGUUAAUCGACGUCGAUGACCACGUCAAGAACUUCCGGUCCCAGAUCCUCGUGCUCACCGGAUAUCCUCGACACAGACCAAACCUGCUCGACUUCGCAGCGACCAUCACUAAGAAGCAAGCUCUUCUAAUUUCCGGCCAUGUUUUCAAAGGUGAUCGGGAGGAGCAUCUGACCAGAACGAGGUCAAUGUCCGCGUACCGAUGGUUUGGUGCUCGCAAGGUCAAGACCUUCUACAUCAGUGUGUGUGCACCGACCUUCCGCAUUGGAGUACACGUUUUUCUGCAGGCGCUUGGAGUUGGAAGGCUCCGCCCAAACACACUGUUGCUAGGAUAUAAGAAUGAUUGGCAGAACGCGGACCCACGCGAAGUCCUCGACUACUUCAACGCCAUACAGGACGCGUUUGACCUGCGAUACAGUGUGGGAGUCCUUCGCGUGGCGGGCGGCUUCGACCGGAACAAGGGGUCCGAUUACGUCAUCAAUCUCGAUAACACGAGUGUGUACGAGUCGGACGAUAGCGUGGAGGAGGAGGACGAUGACGAGCCACAAAAUAAAAACGUCAUUGCGAAACCAGUCGACAUUAAGACGAACAUUCAUAUGAACGGAAAGCCUCAAAUAGUCCUUAUUCGGCUCAACACGCUGGACGAGGGAAUCGAAAACGCGGCCUUUGAAGGUGACGAUGCAAAGCCUGACCGAGUUGAGCGGACGGCGCCUGUAUUCCGGGAGAGCCAGUCCGGCACGGUUGACGUCUGGUGGCUCUAUGAUGAUGGAGGUAUGACGUUACUGGUUCCCUACAUUCUCAAUAGACGCAAACAGUGGAAAAACGCCAAGCUUAGGGUGUUCUGCCUUGGAACCAACAACAAGGAAGUAACCGAGGACAAGAAGAGAAUGGAAUUGCUGCUGGCAAAGUUCCGCAUCAACUUCUCGGAACUGACAAUUCUCACGGAGAUGAACACAAAACCACAGCAAACAUCGUGA